GUUGACAACUUUGACAGUCUCCUCUUGUUUAUGUCCUACUUGAAAAAGUAGUGGUGUUUCUGAUUUUAAAUCGGAAAUCCUCGAACAUCCUUUAAUUUUGCAGUAAAUAUUUACUGCAUUUAGCUGAAAUCGACGUUCAGUACGCCCAAGGAUUAAUUAGGACGGUUAUUUUUAAAGUUUGACAUUGUUAAAAUGCCCCGAGAAUUAACGGAAAUUAAGGAAUUCCUCCUUACGGCCAGAAGGAAAGAUGCCAAAUCUGUUAAAAUAAAGAAGAACACCGAGAACACCAAAUUCAAAGUACGUUGCUCGAGAUUCCUCUACACUUUAGUGAUUACAGACAAGGAAAAGGCGGAGAAAUUAAAGCAAUCUCUUCCACCAGGUCUCCAAGUCAAGGAAGUUAAGUGAAUUCGAUUGAAAAUGGUACUUUAGCUAUUAAAACAAAAAUUUCUUUAAA